AUGUCGACGACGCCCUCACCUCCGCAGACGCUAGACUACGUCUCCGGCAGCUCCGACCCCGAACAGCAGCUGGACCUCUACCUGCCCGCCUCCCAUUCCGCCUCGAGCCUGAUCGUCUUCAUCCACGGCGGUGCCUGGCGCACUGGUUCGCGCAAGGAUCACGUCGACCUCGCCAACUACUUCUGCUCCAAGGGCAAGGCCGUCGCUGUGGUCGACUACCGGCUGUCUAUCAAGGAAGAAAACACGGGAGAGGUGAAGAACCUUCAUCCCGUCCACGCGCAGGACGUGAAUGCGGCGCUGAGCUUCUUGCACGCUCGCAAGGAUGUGCCGCAGAAGGACUGGAUCGUUGUUGGACACUCGAUCGGGGCAUGGUUGACGCUCGCAGCUAUCGUCGAUGGAGAGUCAAGGCAAGGCAAUGCGGAAUACCCGAGACCGAUGCCGCAGCCGGACAGUGGCGCGCGCGGUUGCAUCAAGACUUGUGUACUGGUUGAUGGUAUCUUCUCGGUCUCAAAACUGCUUCAAGAGUACCCGGACUACGAGAGCUUCGUCGCACAAGCGUUUCUCCCUCAACCAGGCCCGAGCAAAUACGACGUCGUCUCAUGCGAAACAUGGCCAUUGGCACUUGAGGGGAAAGAUCUGCACGUGUGGCACUCGCGAGAUGACGAGCUGCUCUCUUUCCGCCAGAGCAUCGAUGUGAUUCUGCACCUCGAUAAGCAGCUCACUGAUGCGAGUGCGGAGAAAGGAACGCAGGUGACGAUCCCGCAAGAUGGCCUCGCAAGCACCACCACAGUGAAUGGGGAGAAGAAGUCGAUCGCCUCGGUCUAUGGGAGCGUCAAGAUUCGGAACAGUACACGGCUGCAUGCUGAUUUGACAAGCUUGAGGGGCGCACACGACGACCUGUUGCACACCGAGACCUUCUGGGACCUCAUCCUUAACCUUUGA